GAUGUUCUGCUGCUAGGUGCUGUUGGGGCCUAUGACUGGAGUGGAACAGUGGUUCAGGAGUCUUCAGACAGAUUCACCACCUUUCCAAGCCAUGUGUUUGAGAAGAUUCUGCAGGAUAGAAAUCACAGCUCUUAUCUGGGUUAUUCUGUUGCUGUUCUCUCAACUCAGAGCUCUGCCUACUUCGUUGCUGGUGCACCAAGAUCCAACUACACUGGCAGAGUGGUGGUUUAUGAUGUUGAUGGGGAUGGUAAUAUUGCAAUCGUGCAGUCCCAGAGAGGCGAGCAGAUUGGCUCCUACUUUGGCAGUGUGGUGUGUUCAGUGGAUGUUAACAGGGAUUCUGUGACAGAUGUGCUGCUUGUGGGCGCACCAAUGUUUAUGAAUGACCUGAAGAAAGAAGAAGGGAGAGUGUACAUGUUUUCCAUCACAAAGGGUCUUCUGGAUAAACAAGAGCUCUUGGAAGGUCCACAAGGGUCAGAAAAUGCUCGCUUUGGAUCAGCGAUCGCAAUGCUUGCAGACAUUGACUUGGAUGGCUUUAAUGAUGUUGUAAUAGGGGCACCACUGGAAAACCAAAACUCUGGAGCAAUUUACGUUUACAAUGGAUUUCAAAAGACUAUACGUACCAAAUAUUCUCAGAAAAUUUUAGGUUCAGAUUCUGCUUUUGGACAACGGCUCCAGUUCUUUGGAAGAUCAGUAGAUGGCCAUAGAGACUUAAGCGACGAUGACAUUACUGACGUAUCAGUUGGUGCUGAUGGAAAUGUGGUUCUGCUAUGGUCACGAAGCAUUGCAAAUGUGUCCAUAAUUGCCUCAUUUAAGCCUGAGAAGAUCAGUCUGCUGAACAAGAACACAGAAAUAACUGUCAAAAUAUGUUUUCAGGCUACAUUUAGACCUGCUAAGAGAAAUAAUCAAGUGGCUAUAAAGUACAAUGCAACGUUGGAUGCAGACCUCCAGUCCUCUAGAGUGACUUCUAGAGGCUUUUUCAAAGAAAAUAAUGAAAGAUACAUGCAGAGGGAUCUUGUGGUACGUCAUGAGGAGAAUUGUGUUCAUGACAUCUUCAGUGUACAGGAACCUUCCGAUGCAGUGAAUUCACUUAGUUUGCGCAUUGACAUUGGCCUUGCAAUUCCUGGCUCCAGCCCUGUGCUUGAUAUCUAUUCCCCUGCAUCUGUGGCCUAUAGUAUUCCUUUUAUUAAAGACUGUGGUGAAGAUGAACUUUGUAUCUGUGAUCUUGUUCUGAAUGUUCAGCGGAAGACAGAUGAUGGCAAACAGCAGUUUGUUGUCAGCAGCAAAAACAGAAGACUAACAUUCAACGUGAAAUUGAGAAAUAAAAAGGAAAAUGCAUAUAACACUAGAAUUCAGGCCACAUUUUCAGACAACUUGUUUUUUGCUUCAUCAUCUUUACCAACUGAUGGGACUGAAGUCUCUUGUCAGACAGGAAUGGCACAAAGUACGGUCAUUUGUCAAAUAAACUAUCCUGUUUUCAGAACAGGACAACAGGUAUCCUUUGACAUUAGUUUUGAUUUUAACCUGAAAAAUCUUCAGAAUGUGGCAGUUAUAAGUCUUCAUGCAUUAAGUGAAAGUAAGGAAGAGCAAGAAUUGGACAACCAGGUCAGCUUAUCGAUUCCUUUGCGAUAUGAUGCAGAAAUUCAUUUCACAAGGCUUGCCAACAUCAACUUUUAUGAAGUAUACUCUGGUCAGAACAUUCCUUCCACUGUGAAUAGUUUUGAAGAUAUUGGCCCCACGUUCAACUUCUCAGUUAAGGUAACAACAGGAAGUGUUCCAGUAAAGAUGGCAUUUGUAAAAAUCUAUCUUCCAGAACAGACCAGCAAAGAUAACCCACUGAUGUACGUAACUGCUGUCACCACAGAUCAGGCCAGAGGUGUUACUUGUCAAGCUCAGAUAAAUCCAUUGCAAAUAGGGAAAAGACCUUAUUCUGCAUCUUUCACAAAAGAGAACUUCAGAGCUUCCAGAGAACUGAACUGUAAGAAUGUGAAGUGCAGUACCAUUCCAUGCAAACUAGAAGACAUUAUGCUGAAGGGAGAGUACUUCAUUAACGUGUCCACCCGAAUCUGGAAUGGAACCUUUGCUGCUUUAACUUUCCAGACAUUACAGCUCUCUGUUGAGGCAAAAAUUGAUACGCACAACCCUGAGUUAUUCAUAAUUGGAGAGAAUACACUAACUAUCCCAGUUACAAUCACGAAGCCAGAUGAGAAAGCUGAGAUACCAGUUGGUGUUGUGAUUGGCAGUAUAUUGGCUGGACUCCUGUUGCUGUUAGUUUUGGUUGCUGUUUUGUGGAAACUUGGCUUCUUCAAGAGACAGUAUGAGAAAAUGACACAGGAUAUAGAAGAUGUUGAUGAAAUUACGGAACUCACAAAGGACAGAGACUGA